UUGAAAAAUCCCUAACGGCUAGUUUUUAUCUCUUUCCCAUCCCCUCUCCGCAUUUUAAAUCCUAGUUCUUUUUCUUGCUCUCCCUUUCUUGUUCUCGCCCUCUCUAAUGGCGGCCAACGUUCUCACAACCAACACCCCCAUCAAAACUCCAAACCCAAAAAACCACUCCAACUCCUCCGCAAGGAGGGUUGCGCCGCCGAGCAACACUACCAAUGCAGAUUCUUCCUCCUCCUCCGCCACCGAUUUGAAGUCCAGGUUUGAGGCAUACAACCGACUUCAGGCCGCAGCUUUCGCUUUCGGGGAGAAGCUUCCUAUCCCGGAGAUUGUUGCUAUCGGCGGCCAAUCCGAUGGAAAGAGUUCGCUCCUCGAAGCCCUGCUCGGCUUCCGCUUCAAUGUCCGCGAGGUCGAGAUGGGCACGCGUCGCCCUCUCGUCCUCCAGAUGGUCCACGAUCCGUCGUCCCUCGAGCCCCGAUGUCGCUUCCAGGACGAGGAUUCGGAGGAGUACGGAGGUUCAGUGGUUUCAGGUACGGCUAUUGCGGAUCUAAUCCGAUCACGCACUGAGGCACACCUGAGGAAGAUGAAUGCUGCAGUUUCUUCGAAGCCAAUUGUCAUGAGAGCUGAGUAUGCUCACUGCCCCAAUCUCACCAUUAUCGACACUCCUGGUUUUGUUCUAAAG